GCUGCUUUGUUUUGUACAGCGGAUAGCUGUGGGAUCCCGUAUGUUAGACCCCCCUAAUCUGUAUUUUCACUCUUGCACCAAUUUUAUAAUCUUCUGUUACCAGGAAAAAAAAGGUUUUAAAAAAGCGGAAAUUAAUCAAUUAUAUAUUAAUUUAUUAUUAACACCAUCUGGUCGGGUGCAUCAUACCCUCCCUAUUGAUUAACCAAGCCAUGCCCUAGUUUCCCCUCCCAGUCUCAAACAAACUCUUUCUAGUGGUAAAUCCUCCUUCAACUAAUGGCGCAGCCGACGCCACCGUCACCGUCACCGCCAACGCCACCGACAAUAAAAUCAGAACUCGUCGAAACCCUAGAGGGCUCCCUUAAAGCUAGUUCUAAGAGGCUUCAGCCUUCUAGUUCCAAGCUCGUUGUUUUAGCUGACCUUAACGUUGACCCUCCUGAAACAGACGAUCACGAACCCCUCUGCGCUCCAGCUCCCGACUUCACCAGGUUGACUAACGAUGAAAGCAGUCAAGAGAGAAGUAACAUGGUGUCCAAGGAGAACGAUAUUGCUGAAGGAGAAAGUAGAAAGUUGAACAAAGUUGGGAAAUGCCGCUCAAGAACUAGCAAGGCAGACUCCUCUCUUGAUUAUGGGGCUGAUGCAGAUGGUGACCAGCCUAGCCAAGUAGGUGCCUCAUCUCGCGAGGAAAAAGUCAGCAGUCUCAAAACUGGUUUGGUACAUGUGGCGAGGAAGAUGCCCAAGAAUGCUCAUGCACAUUUUAUGCUUGGCCUGAUGUAUCAAAGAUUGUGUCAACCUCAGAAGGCAAUUUCAGCAUAUGAGAAAGCUGCAGAGAUCUUGCUUGGCUGUGAGGCAGAGAUUGCACGGCCAGAAUUGCUUUCAUUAGUUCAAAUUCACCAUGCACUGUGCAUUCUUCAAGAAAGUUUGGGGGAUAAUACAUCAGAUAAGGAACUUGAAACUGAAGAGCUUGAAGAAAUUCUUUCCAAACUAAAGGAUUCAAUGGAAUCAGAUAUUAGACAAGUAGCUGUUUGGAAUUCUCUGGGCUUAAUGCUUCUUAAAACUGGUCGUUUGCAGAGUGCUAUUUCCGUUUUAUCAUCUCUACUGGAACUAGCCCCAAACAAUUAUGAUUGCUUGGCAAACCUCGGCGUCGCUUACCUACAAGCUGGGAAUUUGGAGUUAUCAACAAAAUGUAUUCAAGAUUUGAUCCUGAAAGAUCAAAACCACCCUGCUGCUUUCAUGAAUUAUGCUGCUCUUCUGCUGUGUCAACAUGGUUCAGUUGUUGCAGGUGCUGGGGCAAAUGCCAGUGAAGAAGCUUCUGCAGAUCAGGUUGAUGCUGUCAGUGUUGCAAAGGAGUGUCUGUUAGCUUCACUAAAAGCAGAUCCAAAAGCAGCGCAUACAUGGGCAAAUCUAGCUAAUGCAUAUUAUAUGAUUGGUGACCACCGCAGUUCCGGAAGGUGUUUGGAGAAGGCUGCAAAACUGGAGCCAAAUUGCAUGUCUACUCGGUAUGCUGUCGCAGUGCAUAGAAUCAAAGAUGUUGAGAGGUCUCAAGAUCCUAGUGAACAGCUUUCCUGGGCAGGCAAUGAAAUGGCUUCAGUACUUAGAGAUGGAGAGUCUGUUCCAAUUGAACGUCCUAUUGGAUGGGCAGGAUUUGCGAUGGUUCACAAGGCUCAGCAUGAGAUUCUGGCUGCAUUUGAUACAGAACGGAAGGAGAUAGUGGAGGUAGAAGAGCGUGCUAUAUUCAGUUUGAAGCUGGCAAUAGCUGAGGACCCAGAUGAUUCCGUGCAGUGGAACCAGCUUGGCCUUCAUACUCUUUGUUCACAACAAUUUAAAAUGGCACAAAAGUACCUCAAGGCUGCGGUUCUACGAUCCAAAGACUGUAGCUAUGCAUGGUCUAAUCUAGGUAUCUCACUGCAAUUAUCAGAGGAGGCAUCUCAAGCUGAACACAUUUACAAGCGAGCAUUGGCAUUGGCUAAAACGGAACAGGCACAUGCAAUAUUUUCCAACAUUGGUAAUUUAUACAGGCAGCAAAAACAAUAUGACCGAGCCAAGGCAAUGUUUACUAAAUCACUUGAACUAAGACCUGGUUAUGCUCCUGCAUUUAAUAAUCUGGGCCUUGUAUUUGUUGCUGAGGGACAGUGGGAGGAAGCUAAGUUCUGCUUUGACAAGGCUCUCCUAGCAGAUCCAUUGCUGGAUGCAGCCAAAUCUAACAUGAUUAAAACCAUGGCCAUAUCCAGACUGUGUGUAGGCUUGUCUUAAUGUUUUUUCAUUCAAGAUGGACAUUCACUGAAGUAGAUAUAGGUAGCUAUCUCCAUCCCUAAAAUUCUUAGGGUGGUGUAUAUGUAUGAUUUCAUUGAGAAAUAAGAGAAGUCAUUGUUUUCGACUGUAAAAUACUGUCAUCUAUGUUAGAAACUGCCAGCUUGCGUGGGCAAGGUUAUGGCCACACUAAAUUAGCUCACAUAAG